AUGGCCUGCUGUCAAACUAGCUUCUGUGGAUUUCCCAGCUGCUCCUGUGGGACCUGUGGCCCCAGCUGCUGCCAGCCAACCUGCUGCCAGACCAGCUGCUGUGGGACCGGCUGUGGCACUGGCUGUGGCCAGGAUUGUGGCUGUGGAGGUGUGAGCUGCCGCACCAGGUGGUGCCGCCCUGACUGCCGCGUGGAGGACACCUGCCUGCCCCCCUGCUGUGUGGUGAGCUGCACACCCCCAACCUGCUGCCAGCUGCACCAUGCCCAGGCCGCCUGCUGCCGCCCAUCCUACUGUGGACAGUCCUGCUGCCGCCCAGCCUGCUGCUGCUACUGCUGCGAGCCCACCUGCUAA